AAUUUAUCCAAUAUCAACAUCUCAGAAAAAAUAUCCACAUCACAAUCACUAUCACGAUCAGUACUGAGUUGAUUUAAUAUAUCAUAAUAUAAUCAAACCAAAUAAUAGAAAUGGCAGGUGUUUCAGUUAGGGAUGUUCCAGCUCAAAGCUUCAUUAAUGCUUAUGCUCAAUUUUUACAACGUCAAGGUAAAUUAGAAGUCCCAGGUUACGUUGAUUUAGUCAAAACCUCAUGUGGUAACCAAUUACCUCCACAAGAAGCUGAAACUUGGUUCUACAAACGUGCUGCCUCAGCUGCUAGACACAUUUACUUAAGAAAACAUGUUGGUGUUGGUAAAUUAAACAAAUUAUACGGUGGUGCCAUUAACCGUGGUGCCAAACCAUCAAAACAUCAAGAUGCUUCUGGCUCAAUCAACAGAAAAGUUUUACAAAGUUUAGAAAAAAUUGGUGUUGUUGAAUUAUCUCCAAAAGGUGGAAGACAAAUAUCAGAAAAUGGCCAAAGAGAUUUAGACCGUAUUGCUGCCCAAACCUUAGAAGAAGAAGAAGAAUCUGAUGAAGAAUAAUUCUUUCAAGUCUUUUAAUUUACUCAGUAAUCGUUUAAUAAACUAGGAAUUGUAAAAUUUAUUUAAUUUUUCUGUCAUAUUUCUAUCCAUAAAUUCAAUUUGUUUUAUAAUUGAUUUUCUGUAGUUUUUAAUGUACUUUAAAUAAAAGAAAAAAGCCCAGCCAGGGGCUGCACCUGUAAAAUAAACCUUUUCGCUCUUCAACUUUUC